GUUCAGUUUUCCAAAAGAGUUAAAGAUAAAACUCUUAUACAAUUUGAUAAGCGUAGGUACCCAGAAUUGAUUACUGCAAGGAAUGACUAUCUGAUCAAUCCGCACAAUCAACUUCAACUCCAAGGAUGGAGAGCAAAUGUCGAUUUUAAACCUGUACUUACAACCUACGCUGCUUUGCAGUACAUCUCUAAGUAUGCAAGCAAGGCCGAAUCCCGCUCUUUAGCAUUUUCAGAAAUUUUAGACAGAGCUCUUCAGAAUAGUAACCCAGAUAAUCUAUCAAUUAUGGCAUUUCAAAAAUUACUUCUUCACACUAUCUCAGAACAGGCGCCCAUUGGCGGUGAAGAAUAUGAUGACAAUGAGGAAAGCCAUGUUGGAAAAACG